AACCUCCGAGCUGUCACGACGAGCGUCCGUCUGUCUCGGUACCUCAGCUUACUGUCAUGCCAUCCAGCUCCAUACUUAACUUAUGGAAAUUCAUCAAUAAUUAAAUUGCUGUUUUGGGACUUUGUCAGAGUUGAACGGAGGCGAGAUGUCUCUUUAAAUUGCUCGGCUCUUGGUGGUCGUGCGGGCUGAAGAGAAGAUUAUCGUUUCCUGGCUGAGAAUUUGACAGUUAGUUGUACCGCCCGGCUGUUGGCGUGGUGUUUUUGUUCAACUGCGACAGACCUCACAACAUAAAGAGUCAUGUCCCGUAGGAGUUCUCGCCUGGUGUCCGGUGGCUACUACAACUCAGAUGAAGAAUCUGACUCGAGUAGCGUGACAAACAUAUCCUACCGUGAAAACCCUGUCAAGGUUUUCAAGAAAAAGGCAGGGACCCGUAAGGCUGGCUCCCGUACCUCCAGCAGAGCCGACAGCAAUGCUAGUUCACCCAGCCCCGAGACGCCCGUCACUGAAGGCAUAUCUGAUGGCCUGAUUCCUCCCUCGAGCACCCAGACUCAGCCGAUCAUGAGGACCGUACCCUAUGUCUCCACCACAGCCACCCCUCGGCCCGCCCUGACCCCAUCAUCGAGCCGGAGUCAGACGCCCACAUGCUGCCCCUUAGCGCCUCCGGAGAAGAGCUCUUUCACUGGGCUCUACAGCUCCAGCAGGCCAGGAUUACACCUGAGGCCCAACCACAAGGAGCUGACUCAGAGUGGAGUGGACAGCUCCGGGUACUCGUCCUCUGAGGGGACUUACAAGAAGCCCACAGUUGCCACCAGCGCUAACAGCAGAAUGAGCAGUAACAAUGGGGCUCCCAGUCCUGGAUACAGAAGCAGAAUCAGCAGUGCCUUCUUUAGUUUGAAGGACUCUGCCUCAUCGACGGCUGUGGCAGCAGAGUCAAAAAUAAUGACAGCUUUAGCUAAUACGUCAUUCAGCAGUCGCAUGAAGAAAGCUUGUGGUCUGUUUCUCCUCCUCCUCCUCCUACUUCUAUGUAUUUGGUUCCUCCUUCCCUUGUUGACCUCUUUCAUCUCCCGCAUGAGUGUCACAAAGACCCCGCCACAGACAAAACCCAAGACUCGACCUGUUGUCCCUGCCCCCCCCCCUCCUCAACCCAACAUCGUGCAUCAUGCACCUGUGGUGGAUCCUGCUGUUGUUUCUGCUGCUGUAGAAGCGAAGAUGCAGCAUGUUUUGACGGAGCUGCAGCUGAAGCAAGACCAGCUUCUCUCCCAGGUGCAGGAGCGAGUAAAGCAGGACAUGCACGGUGUGAAAGCGAGGCUAGACGUCAUGGACUCGGACAGUCGGCUGCGCCUGGAGCAGGAGGUUGCCGGACUGGGCCGACAGAUGGCGGAAUAUCAGACUGACAGCCGCUCUUCUGCUGCCAGCCUCGGCCUCAGGAUCCAAGCUUUGGAGGCCCAAAAUGCUAAGCUGGCCCAGGAACUGUCAUCUAUCCAGCUGGUGCCUCCUCCAGCCCCCUGUCCUGACCCCAGCACUGCCCCUGUCCAGAACCAUCUAACCCCAGAGCUGCAACAGGCUAUGGAGAAAUGGCUCACUGACCGCAUCAAGGAGCAGGAUGCACUCAGGCUCGGUGACAAAGGCAGCAUCACAGACUUUGGACGUCCCGUGGCUGACAAAAUGGCCGACUUCGCCUUGGAGACUCAAGGUGCCAGUGUGAUCAGCACCAGGUGUUCGGAGACGUAUCGUAUUCGUUCAGCGUGUGUGACCCUGUUCGGUUUCCCCCUGUGGUAUCCGUCUGAAAGCCCACGCACUGUUAUCCAGGGUUACCCAGUGAUGCUCCCAGGGAAAUGUUGGGCGUUCCACGGCGUCCAGGGAACUCUUGUCAUCUCUCUCUCUCACCCCAUAAGAAUAACUCAUGUGACGCUGGACCACCUGCCACGCUACAACUCCCCCACCGGCCGUAUCGACUCCGCGCCCAAAGACUUUGAAGUCUACGGAAUGAAAAACGACACGGAAGAAGGAACGCUGCUGGGGUCAUUCACCUACGAUGAGGACGGAGAGCCGACGCAGACCUUUAAGCUGCCUGACCCCAGUGACCAGGUUUAUAGAGUUGUGGAGCUGCGUGUCCUCAGUAACUGGGGUCAUGUCAAAUACACGUGUCUUUACCGCUUCCGUGUGCACGGAAAGAUCGCUGCCACAUGAGACCCACUGAGCGCGACGCGACGUCUCAUUCCAUCACAUCCGAAAGUUCAUGUGUAAUGUUUGGCCCUGACUCCUGUGUGUCAGCUGGUUUUGCUGUGUUUUGGACUGCUUAAUGUUAAAGUGACAGAAAUCAUCGGAGUAUUUUUAUGCACAAGUUGAAGUGCACACUUGGCUUUGAAUAAGUGUACAGAAUGAAGUGUUUCAAAAAACCAAAAAUCUACCUAGUAAAAUCAUUUGGGAGCAGAGAGUUCUGGAAACUUUAUGCUUUCAGUCUUAUGAGCGUGCCACAAAAUAAUUUUGAAACUUUUUGUUGUUUUAAUUAUUAUUGCUAUUUAUAAGGUAUUUCCUGCUUCACAUCUGUACAGCGCACAGUCCCACCGGGUAAAACACAUUUCUUCACAUUUUGCCAAUGAGAAGCUGCAGAGUGUUAAACACAGUCGUCAGUGGUAUCCAAACAAAUGAAAGAGCGAAGGAAUUUCUCUUUCACUUUCCUGACCAGAUCUGCACACAUGGUCCUGGGAUUUGAACCAACAGCAACUGGUUGUAAUCACGCAUGUCAAGGCUUCCUGUCACAGCACACAAGUGAAGUUAAAAAAGCUUCUGUCUAAAUUUCUCUGUCCAUUUUUCGACACAAAGAAUUUCAAUUAGAGCUGUAAUUAACAAUUAUUUUCAUUAUCGACUAAUCUACCAGUUAUAUUCUAAAUUAAUAGAUGAACCAUUUUGUCUAUAGAAUUUCAAAAAAAUAGUUAAAAUGCCCAUAAAAUAUCCCAGAGCCCUAGCUGGCGUCCUCAGGUGUUAUUUUUGUCCGACCAUCAGUCUAAAAUACAAAGAUAUUCAGUUUAUUCUCAUGACAACAAAGAAAAGUAUUAAAUCUUGACAUUUGAGAAGCAGAAACCGUCAAAUUUUUUGCUUAAAAAAAAUGAUUAUUUGAUUAUCUGAAUAGUUGCCUAUGAAUUUCCUGUUGAUGAACUAAUCAACUAAUCGUUGCAGCUCUAACCUCAAUAUUUAAUAUUUUUUACAAUUUUAAGAUCUGGUUAAUAAAGUUCCCAGUCGGUUGCCUGUUACCUGAACUGGCUGAAACAGCGUCAUCUUUCAUCUUUCUUCUGAUUUAUAGAUGUUGCUGAUUAUUUAUACAGGAGGCAGCAGUGAAUGUUUUUAAUCAGUUUUGUUUCUUAUUGGCAAGUUAAAUGUAAUGAUCCUACAGAAAGGAAAAUAUGCAGCUUGGUAAAAUUUCAUUUGUUUUCUCUUUUAGCCAGUUUGGACUCAUCAGUUUUGAUUUUAUUACUAGUACUUGAAUACUUGAAAACCUCUUCGAAAGGCGUCAUGUUGAUUCCAUGAUGUCUGUCUUUCUGCUUUCUUGUACAUAAUACUUUUGCAUUUUGUAUGAGCUUCUCAACCAGGAAAGAAAAAGUGUUAUUUAUUUGUAAAAUGAGAAUAUGAAUUUUUUAAUUCAUGUGUUAUGUCUGUUUUGUAGGAUCGGCUUGUCAAGACUGUUUAAUUACUUUCCAACAUGCUAGACACGUGUACAAUCAUCAGUCUACCAUUUAAAAUAUCUGCUCACGUAAUGACACAACUGCACAUGAGAGUGUGUACGUCAUUGUCAUUCAGUCAUUACUCAUGUAUUCUUUGUUGUUGUUUGGUGGAGAAAAUAUUAGACAGUUCUUCUUAUGAAGUGCACUAGAGGUGAAUCCAGGUAAAAUCCAUCAUUUCUCACUCAUUUCUUAAAAGGAGGUGUAGAAAAGAGAGAUGGAUGAUAGAGGACGAGUCCAAAUAAUUGUCAUUUGGAUCAUUACAUGGGGAAUUACAACCCAGUAUCAGGAAUUAUAUAUUAGUUACAGUAUUUUAUAUAGGAUAUACACUCAGUUGGCAUUUACACCUAGCUGAAACUGGUGUGGUCUAACCCAACAGCCCUGCAAUAGAUCCUCCUUCAUGAAGUUUAUAAUGUUCAGUUUUGUUUCAGAGCUGUUGAUUCAACCGUGUGAUCAUUUCAGAGGUUGUUAAACAGUAGUGCAUUGUACAGAGAGGCGUUGAGCUGUUCUGUUAUUUAGCCUGCCCUCAUUGAUAUAGAAUUUGUUGAUAAAAUGAAAACCUGGUAUUUUAACCCAAUACAAUUACACUGCAUCAGAGACUACAUCCUCCAAAAUGAACAAUCAGCCUCUGAAACAAAACUGAACAUUCUGACCUUCAUGAAGGAGGAUUUAUUGCAGGACUGUUGUAUUAGACUGCAUCAGUUUCAGCUAGGUGUGCCAAGUAAACUUCCAACUGAGUGUACAUUGGUGGUAUUUUUAACUUUUCUUUGAAGAGUGGACAAAAACAUUUUGAUAUGAUUUGUGCUGGUAACAUGAAUUAAUCAUUGUAGUGCAUUGUGUUUUGUAUUUAAAUUGGUGAUUGUAUUUCAUACAAGGAUUUCUGUACAGUUUUAUUGUUUUUAUUUACAAUUACUGCUUGAAUAUCUUGAUUAUGUAUGACCAUGAAUCAUGAUUUGCUUAAAAAUCUGUAGGACUUCCUCCUGGUUGAAGCACUUUUACUUAAUACAUUAAAUUUAAUAUUAAUUGGCUGUUGAGAUGCAUAUCAUUUCAAAUGUGCAUUAUUAUACACAAUACAAUAUAUAAUGUGAUUUAAACAUUUUUUUAAAGAUUUUUCUUUCAAUUAUAUUAGCUAAAAAAAAAUGUAUCAUCAUAUUUUAAAGCUGUUGAACAGCCUGUGCAGCAUCUUUGUGUACAUGUGCUCUUUCCUAACACACAAUGCAAACAAUGUAAUUCUUGUGUGUAAAGCCAUAUGAACAAUGUGGAGAAAAAUGCUAAUGUUAAUCGGAGUCAUUUAGAUCAGUCUUCUCCACACAGUUCUAAUGAUAUAUGGGUAAUUGUUCUCAAUUUAAAAAAAAAAAAACCCAAGUGACAAGUGAUAUUUUUAAGAAGUUUAUUGCUAGUACUGACAAUUGUUUUUUCCUUUAAUUAAACUGUCAUUUGUCAGAUACCUCCUGAGUAUUUGACAAUCAAUGCCUAUUUGCAAGCCAAACUUUGAUGUUUAUCUGAUUUAUUAAAUAAAACAUUGUUAAAUA